AUGAGGAGAUCCGUCCUAGUCUCCAGGUACUCAAACCUCUCCAAGUACACAGGAAACCACUCUACUCCGGGUACCAGGGAUUGUAUAAAGGUUGGAGAUGAGGAGAAAGAAACCACUUCUCCUGAAAUGGUUUACUGGACAACAGGAUUAUAUUUUACACUUCUCAUUGGAAUUUUCUCAGCAAGUGUUAACUCUCAUUUGACCGCCCUCGAGGAGGUUGAGGAUGAAAAAGAGGAUGAAAUGGUCCGAUGUCUGACGGACGGAGAAAACUGUUACUCUAUGACGUCAUUGUUCCGCCCCUUCACUCAUCUCUACAUGAAUAAACUUAUAGAAAUGAUGGCGAGAGCUGAGGAGGAGGAGGAGAAUGGUUCUAUCCCCAGCUACAGGAUAAAGAGAUACUCUGCUCUCCCCUCCAUGAGAAUGAAGAAGGAGCUGGUUGCUCUACCAACUGUCAGGAUGAAGAGAAGUGCUGCAGAUCCUAACUUUAACGUUUACAGAUCUCUUUUAAGGAAGUUCAGUGCUAUGAAGAGGGGUGGAAAUAAUGACGAUUUUACUCUGGAAAGUUACAGAAAUCUACUACGGAAAUACGCAGGAAAAUUCAAGAAGAGUCAGGAAGAGGAAGAUGAGGAGAGGAGAGAAGAUAAACGAUCUGGAUAUAUCCGAGCCACCAGGAGCUUUGGACAGCUGAGAGUGGGGAAGAGAGAUUCUGAAACCGCAGAGCAGACCUAGGAAUAUCAGCAUCAAACUUGAUAAUCCCAAGAUCUAAUAAACAAGUAUUUAAAUAUUCCUGAACUGUUGGACUGAUGGAGGCUGAUUGGAUCAACAGUCCAUGGAUUAAAUUUCAUUAUCCUCUAUAUUGUAUCAUUUUUAACUUAUAGAAUAUCAUAAUAAACUAACAUACAUUUGG